AUGGAUAGCAUAAAAUCCUUUAAAGGAUAUGGUAAGGUAGACGAAGGAGAAGAAGCAGCCUUACAAAAAAAAUUAAAAAAACAAAUCAUAAUCAUUUCCAUUUCCGCCAUCAUCCUCCUCGCCGUCGUCAUCGCCACCGUAGUAGGAGUCUUACUAACCCCCCGAGGCGCGGACCACGGCGAUAAGUCACCUCCCUCUCCUUCUCAGUCACUAAAAGCAGUAUGCGGCGUGACUCAGUACCCUGACACUUGCUUCACCUCUUUAUCACCUCUUGUAUCCAACUCCACUUUUAGUAGUCCUACUAGACUCUUCAAUCUUUCUCUUCAAGUGGCUAAGCACUCGGUUUCGGAGCUUCGUUUGAUCCUUCCGAAGCCCCGAAACGACACCGUAUUGGCUAAGGCAUUGAAGGAUUGUGAUGAGUUAUUCGAGGAUGCUGAGGAUCAACUCCGAGAAUCAUUGGAGUUGACAUUGUCGAGUAAGAAAGGGAAUGAUCUUAGGACGUGGCUUAGUGCUGUAUUAACUGACCUUGAUACUUGCGUCGAAGGCGUGUCGGAGAUCAAUGGAACGACGUCGUUAGUGGAGGACUUGAGGUUAAAGAUGAAAAACGCUACUGAACUAGUGAGUAAUAGUUUGGCUAUUGUGAGUAAAGUUGGAUCUAUUUUGGGUAAGUUUAAAGAUAAUUAUAAUAAUAAGGUUCCUUUCCAUUUAAGGAAACUUCUCCAGAAUGAUGGGAAUAACCAAAUGUUUCCUGAGUGGGUGGGGUCCGUCGAGAGACGGUUGUUGUUAGGGGAAGGUGAGGAGAAGGGGGGAGCGGACGCGGUGGUGGCUAAGGACGGGAGUGGACAGUAUAAGACGAUAACGGAGGCGAUAAAGGCGGUGCAGUUGAAGAGUGUGAAGAGGUAUGUGAUAUAUGUGAAGGAAGGAGUGUAUGAGGAGAAUGUAGUGUUGAGUAAACAUGUUUGGAAUGUGAUGAUGUAUGGUGAUGGAAUGGAUAAGAGUGUUGUUUCUGGUCAUUUGAAUUUCAUUGAUGGCACUCCAACCUUCUCUACUGCUACAUUUGCUAUUGCUGGAAAAGGAUUUAUUGCCAAGGAUAUGGCCUUCAAGAAUACGGCGGGAGCUGAGAAGCACCAAGCAGUGGCCUUACGGUCUCAGUCGGAUCAAUCUAUCUUCUACCGUUGCUUGUUUGAUGGAUACCAAGACACCCUCUACACACACUCCUAUCGCCAAUUCUACCGAGAAUGCACCAUCACAGGAACCAUCGACUUUAUAUUUGGUAACGCGGCUGUACUGUUUCAAUAUUGUAAGAUCCAGCCUAGGCAACCAAUGGCCAAACAAUUCAACACCUUAACGGCCCAAGGUAAGAAGGACGUAAACCAAAACACUGGGAUCUCAAUCCAAAAAUGCACCAUCUCAGGUUUGGGCCAGGUGACAGCCCCAACUUACUUGGGCCGGCCUUGGCAACAAUACUCCACUACUUUGGUCAUGCAAUCUGUUAUUGGGCCUGUUUUACAUCCAUUGGGCUGGAUAGGAUGGGUCAAUGGAGUUGAUCCACCUUCGACGAUUUAUUAUGCUGAAUACCAAAAUACUGGGCCUGGAUCUGAUCUAAGCAAGAGGGUUAAAUGGGCUGGGUUUAAGCCCGAUAUUACGGCAGAUGAGGCCUCGAAGUUUACAGUGGGCAACUUCAUUGAUGGGAGUUCUUGGUUAACAAGCACUGAUGUAGCCUUCGAGACAACAUUGUAAACAUGCCAUUGUCUCUUAUUGUAAAAAAGAGUAUAUGCCUAUAUAUGUAGUUGGAUAACUAUUAACAAUAUUAGAAAACUCAUGAAAUAUUACAAGGAAUGAAACAUUAAGCUCAACAAUCCUAGAAUUAUUUCCUCCAACCUAAAAUAAAUGCUCAAGAACAAACUCUAUUAAAAAAAAAAAAAAAUGCUCAAGAACAAACUCGCAACCUAUGUUACAUUGAAUCAGGUACUAACGUUCAAAUGUCCAAAUUGGCAAAGUUGUUUUAUGAUUUUAGUCCAAAAUGAAGUGUUGUAGUGUCAAGAACCCAACAUGAGUACUUGAGGUACAAUGAACAGUAAGAGUAACAUAUCUUACAUUUUUUUUUUAUUUUUUUAUUUUUAAUGGGAGCUUACAACUUCACUAUUAUACAUAUACGUCACCAAAAUUAACUUAUUUGUCACACAACUAUAUCCAUGUAACUUGUUAUUAUCCAAAUUAAAAUUUUAACUUUUAGUUAGUUUAUGAAUCUUUAACCAUGUCUAGAUGUAACUCAUCUAAGG